UUGGUCUCUCUACACAAACAAUUCCAGGAGGUCCUUCAACUUGCGUGGAGGCUGGACAUAUAUGUAAACGGCCAUAUCACGGACUAGCUAUGUUCCUCAGGACGACAACAAAGAAAAUACUUCACCACUGGGCUAUAGCGUUAUGGACAUCAUUGUGAAAGCAAACAGGGAAUCAGGGAUGUUGGAGAACCUGCUGGAAGGAGACAUUAUAGGACAACCAUCGAUACAUAGAGAGAAGAGGAAUGCUAUUCGUGUGAAUAUGUGGAAAUGGAAAAAUAACGUGAUACCAUACACUAUUGAAAAGAAUGGAAUCAGUAGCUAUGGUCUCAGUGUUAUACAGUCGGCAAUAGACCAGUACAACAGUGACCAGUCCUGUCUGAAGUGGAGACCGAGGACAAACGAGGAGGACUAUGUCGUCAUCAGAGAUGGAGCGGGAUGCUACUCCUCCAUUGGUCGGGACACUGGUCCUCAGAACCUCGUUCUGGGUUCCACCUGCUACUUCAAAGGUGUCAUUUUGCAUGAGAUGAACCACGCUGCUGGGUUCUUCCACGAACAAAGUCGGUAUGAUCGAGAUGAUUACAUACUAGUCAACUGGGAAAAUGUGCAGGAUGGUAAAACUAGAGAUUUUACCAAACAGCAAAAGAAUAUAAUGGAUACUUUGGGAACCAUUUAUGACUAUGGCAGUAUCAUGCACUAUGGUGCAACAACCUUCUCUAAAAAUGGAAGUCCAACACUAGUGGCAAAAUUCAACACUCGAGGAACUAUGGGCCAGCGUUCUGGAUUUAGUGAAAUGGACAUCUGGAAGAUCAAAAAGUUGUAUGGUUGUGAGAAUGGUAAGAACAGAACCCAUCUGUAA